AUGGCCACCACUGGUCUCCACCCAAACGCCUAUCAUCUCUCUCAGUCACAGUCUACGUCUAGUACCAGCAUUUCAGCCAGCGUCAUUACCAACGACAGGUCACUAGCAUCUUCGGCUUCGAGUCUAAGUCUCGAGAGGGGUUCCAGCUCAGGGUCGUCCGACAGCGAAAAAUCUGGGCCGAAGCGGAGAAGGAGCGUGAGGGUCAGGGUGAAAGAGUUGGCUAUAAAGAGUAUCCCGAAUUUUUUGAAGUCCUCGAAUUCGUCUAAGGGUGUUUCAUCGGACGGGUACUCCGAAAGCGGUGGCUCUGAGGCCCCAACGGCGGUAUCCUCUACAGAUACUCUAAUUGACGGUCAUCUCGCUCCAAAAAUCGAGCGACCGGGAAACUCCCGCUCCUCAAGUUUCUACUCUGCCAUCCUCGACACGGUCCGACCCGCCAACUACUCAUUCCCAUCAUUCUCUGCCUUUCCGUCGAAAUCUCUCUCUUCUUCGUCCGGGUACGAUAGUGGUUCUCCACGCACCGGGUUGCACGAUACGUCUGGUGCCCCCAGAUCUGUGAUACCAGCUUCCUGCUCUUCGCGCCAACGCACUCUGCUUCUCGUCAUGGUUGUCAUUUUCGUCCUCGUCUCUACCCGUCUUCUCUUCGUCUCUACAAGUGCUCUACCCCCCAUGGACGAAAUAUUGGAGGACUUAGCUUACACGAUUGAUCAUCCGUACUUCCACGGCUUCACGGCUACGCUGGUCCUGUUGGUGGUGCUGUGGACAAGAAUGUGGGAAAAGUCUCCGGCCUUGUGUAGUUUCGUGGUGUCGUUUGCAGUCGGUCAUGGGAUGCUUCUCUGGUGGGCUAUGAUAAUUACACAGCAGAGCGAAGAGAGGAUGUUGAUGGAGUACUGGGCGAGGAAGUAUUCGAGCGUGUUGGCGGAGAUGGAUUGA